AUGUUCGAUCCGACGAAAGCUCAGACUGAUGAAGUUUUCAAUGCGCUCAAAUGCCAAAAGGCGAACAAGACAUGUUUCGAUUGCCAGGCUCGCAACCCUACAUGGGCGAGCGUGACGUUCGGAGUCUACAUAUGCCUCGAUUGUUCUAGCAUUCAUCGAAACAUGGGUGUACACAUAAGUUUUGUUAGGUCGACAACCCUUGACAGCUGGCAAUUGCAUCAACUCCGUACGAUGAAAGUCGGGGGUAAUGCCGCAGCUGCUGAAUUCUAUAUGCGAAAUGGGGCGACGGCUCUUCUAUCAGACUCGGAUGUAAAGAAGAAAUAUUCUGGGCGCGUUUCAGAGCUGUACAAGGAUGAACUUGCGAGGAGGGUCGCCGAUGACGUUAUUAGAUUUCCCCAAGGCAUCUAUCUUGAUGGUAUUUCGGAUCCUAUUCCAUCUCCUGGCGAUACAACUGUCAAGACAGCAAAGGAGGAAGACGAUUUCUUCUCGAAUUGGGAUCAGAAAACUACUACUACAGGCGCUCCUUCUACUAGCAUGUCAAGGUCUGCGCCACCUUUUGGCACAGUCUCAGCUACGGGGCCGCGGAUUGUCACCUCAGCUGCUUUGCUUUCACAGCCAUCAUCGGUCGCCGGCAGCCCUUCAUCUUCUGCGUCAGCCCAACGACCCACGAAGCAAGGAUAUCGGCUAGGCAGUUUGCCUUCUGUUGCAUCGUCCAAUCGAUCUGUUAAGUUGGGGGCUAAGCGUGCGGGGCCUACCGUCAAUUUCGAGGAAGCCGAGCAGAAGGCGCGAGUGGAGGAAGAGAGGGUCAAGCAGCUUGGAUACGAUUCGAAAAAGGAGGUUCAGCAAGACAAGAAUAAAGGCCAAGCGGCCCCUGGCAUUGCUGAAAUUUCAACCGACUCUCAACAGUCUGCAAGGAGCUCCACUAUGACACCCUCUAUUGCAAUGGAUGCGAAACAUGCCACUCAAGAUCUUGAGAGGCUAGGCAUUGGCUUCAGGAAGCUUGGGCUUGGCCAAUCUACUGCUUCUGCAUCAUCUGUCCUCCCAUCCAUUGUGAAGGUUGCAGACGAUUCACCAAGUACAGCCCGUGAGAGGUUUGGAAAUCAAAAGGCAAUUUCCUCAGACAUGUAUUUCGAGCGCAACGCAUAUGAUCCUCACGCUCGGAAUGAGGCUCAGUCCAGGUUGGCAAACUUCUCAAAUGCAACUAGCAUAUCAAGCAAUCAAUAUUUUGGUCGUGACGAGGAUGAAGCCACUUCUGAAGCAGAGCCGGGGUCCAUUGGGCCUUUUACUGGGAACGAGUCCCUCUCUGCGCUGGAGACUGCUACUAGGGAUGCAAUUAGCCGCGUUUUGUCGAAUCCUGAUGUACAGAGUGCAGCUGAUUCCAUUCGUGCCGGAGCUUUGAAGCUUUCGGACUACUUGGCACAGAUGAGCGAGCAGAGGUGACUUGUCUCUUCGCUAUCAUUAGUUAUAAGAGGUCAGAUGGAUAUUAAAGACACCAUGUUUCUAUGAUUUUAAUGGCAGCACUGCUGCUGGAGUUUGCAUAGCAUGUGGCAACUGUUACAAAUGAAUUGAACCCGGGGGUCUUGAGGAGCUUGUAUAAUCACACUAAACCUAAACCAACCUCCCAGAGUGUGAUGCAAUAGUCAUGUGAAAAUUG